AUGAACAAGAUCAAAUCAAUACAAGCCCUCAACCAGAAGGAGCUAGAAAAUGGCAUCACCCCAGAAGCUUCCUGGCACGCCGACUACCGCGACACCGCCUUUGUAUACUUUGGCGGACUACCCUCGGAGCUCUCCGAAGGAGACGUGAUCGUCAUCUUCUCCCAGUUCGGCGAGCCCGUCUUCGUGAAACUCGCCCGCGACAAGGAGACGGGCAAGUCGCGCGGCUUCGGCUGGCUCAAGUACGCAGACCAGCGCAGCACCGACCUGGCCGUGGAUAACCUCGGUGGCGCCAACAUCUUGGGCCGCAUGCUGCACGUCGACCACGCGCGCUACAAGCCCCACGAAGACGAUGACCCGGAAGAGGGCAAGGUCGACUGGAAGUCCAUGCAAAGGAUGCAGGGCAAGAGCGCGGACACGGACGAGGAGGAAAGCGACGAGGAAGACGACGAUCGCAAAGAAAAGGAAAAGAAGCGCGCGCGGGAUCGGAGGAGACCCGAGCUCAAAGAGGAGCGGGAAUUGGCCAAGCUCAUGGACGAACACGACGAGGACGACCCGAUGAAGGCUUUCCUGAUCGAGGAGAAGAAGAAGGAGAUCAAGGACGCGCGGGAGAGGCAGGAUAAAAAGUCGAGGCGAGACAAGGACAGCCACCGCGAAAGGCCCCACCGCGACGAUCGGGACAGGCACCGGGACCGGAAACACAGGUCGCGGAGACAUGGCAGCCGCGGGGCAGACGACGACCGCGACGACCGCGACCGCGCGAGAGAAAAGAGGGAGGAUGGCAAGCGAAGCGACGAAAAGCGGCGCGAGAGCCCGGACGAGAGGCACAGGGAGGAGGAAGAGGGCGCUAGGAGUAGGGACCCCUACGCGGAGGAGCGCGAGCGCAGGAUGAGGGACAAGGAACGGCGGCUGGAGGCGAACGCGCCGCACGACAAGGAUGGCCCCGAGGAUAGGCGCAAGAGGAGGAAAAACGACGACGAUGACGCCGAUUCCCGCCGGCAAGACAGGGACGAGAGGCCGCGCCACCGGGAGAGGAGAAGGAGCCGGAGUCGGUCACCAUGA